UUCUCGUCAGUCGGUUACUAAACGAUUCCUGUUCGCAAUAGGGUUGAUUUUUCAUUAAAUAUUUUUGUCUUUUCUACUUUAAACUUAUUACUUUUUUCAUUUUACGUUAUUGCUAAAAAUUGUAUAUGCAAAGGAAAGUAGAAUUUCUCGAGGGUAAUAGGGAUUAUUUCCUAUAAAUAUUUCGGACUAUACGCAACAUUGUCUCGUGGCGUACAUUGAUCUGCUUUAGAUAAUAAGUCAGUGUAAUACUUUUCUCAAAUAAUAGGUUUAUUUCUCUUUCAAGUUGUUAAUUAAUUCGCGAUAUAUAUUUAUUGGUUUUUAAUGAAUAUUUGAAAGAGAAAUAUUCGCGAUAGAAGGUGUAUAUAUAGAUAAAUAUAUAUAUAUAUAUAUAUCAAAUCGUUUCUCUCGUGGUAAAGCUUAAGAAAAUGGCGACUGACUAUAGAACUGAUUACGUGUCGUUGGGCGACGCAACAUGAUAAGUGUACAAAAAAUAGCUUAUUUGAUGAGAUCAAUAUGUUAUUGGUGUUUUAUAUUAUCUAAAAUAAAUUAAAUUUUCAAGAAAACAUCAGUGAAAUAAGAAAAAAUGCCACGAAUUGAUCCUUUGUCACUGCUCAAAUGCCUCAGUGUUUUACUUGGAUCCACUGGAGGUAUCAAAAGUAAAGAGGAAGUACAUCGUUUAGCGAAUCUUAUGACUAAAUUCUCUAAGAAAUUAGUAUCGAAAUGUAUAUAUAUUCAAAUUUUGAAAACAACAGAUACCGAUCUUCUUAGCCAAUUUAUGGGCGCAGGUGGAUGGAAUCUUGUUCAUAUGUGGCUUACUGAUGGUAUUCUCGCAAAAAAUUGGGCAUUAAUUCAAGAAUUAUUGGAACUUCUUUUACUAUGUCCAGUGGACAUUGAACGCUUAAAAAGCAAUAAUUGUCCAAAAUUAAUAAAAGGUUUAUCUAAAGAAGGAAGCCAUCAAGGUGUAAGAAUAUUAGCUAGCCGACUUGUUGAACAAUGGUUGAAAAUUGUAAAAGGCGAAGCAGCACCAAAUUCGGUACCUGCACAAAUUGUAACACUAUCAUCGUCAUCAAUAAAACCAACAACAAUUCCAACUGCAAUUGUACAUCCAAGACCUGUUAUUUCUACAAUUCAAAGUAGUUCUUGUAGUACAAGUACAAGUAGUGCAACUGAGAAAAAUGAGACUGAUGUACAGAUUGCACAAAAUAAUUGUUUAAUUGAUGCGGCUCAAGAAAAUCAAGAACCAUCAAAUGAUUAUCAUCGAAUUACAGAGAAAACAUUUCAUUUACCAAUUGAUAAUAAACAAUCACAAUGUUCUCAACAGAAAAAACAAUCAUUUGUCGUUGUACCAUCAUCACAAUCGUCAUUAGUUGUUCCAGUUUAUAAAAUUACAAUACGCGAUGGAAAACAAGUUUUAACGAAAGUCGAUACUGAUUCAACAAAUAUUAUCAAUAUUUCCAAUUCAGAAAUAAAUGGUGAUAUACAUGAAUUUCAAAAUAAUGAAAAAUUAGAUGAUUAUUCACAAAAUGUGGAAAAUGCCGAUAAAACUGGCGAUAAAGAAGAAACAACAGAAUUGCCAAGCAGUGUCAAUGAAAUAACAACAAUUGUUAAUGCAAAAGAAAAUUCUGAUACUAUUGAUAGUGUAGAUAAAAUAAAAGAUAAUAAAUCAUCAGCCAUUAGUAGUGAGAACAAUAAGUCUGCUAAUGAUAAAGAAAAUCGAGAUUUUACAAAAAAAGAUAAUGACAAAAAAAUCUAUAAUAGUAGCUCUAGUAGUAGUACUACUACUACUACAACUGUAACUGUUGAAAAAACAGAGAAAAAAAGCAGUCAUCAUAGUUCAAGCAGUAAAAGUUCUUCAAAACAUUCUAGCUCACAUCGUUCAAGUUCAAAUUCUCAUCGUUCUAGUUCAUCAUCAUCAUCAUCAUCAUCUCAUCGUUCAAAAACAUCCAAAGAUAAAACGAAAGAUAAACAUCAUAACAAUACUAGUAGUAACAGUAGUAGUAGUAGUAGUAGCAGUAAACAUAGUUCAAACAGUAAAAGUAGAUCUGAACGUGAUAAAGAAAAACAGGAAAGAGAAAGGGAAAAACAAAAAAAAGAUCAAGCAGAAAAGGAUAAAGCAACAUUGGAAAAAGUUCAAGGUCCAGCUUUAACUUCAAAAUUAGGAAAAAUACCUAAGAAAAAAACUGAUGAGCCAAAUGAUAUUAAUGUAAAACGAAAUUCAACAGAUUCUAAAGAAAUGACAAAAAAAAAUUUGCCUAUUGAGAAAAAAAAUAUUUCAAUAUCAAUAGAAAAUCGAAAAAUUCAAGAUUCGACGCGACCAAAAACAGUCAAGACAUUUAAUUCAAAAUUUAGAUCAACUGGAUUAGAGGAAGAAGCAAAACCACCACCGCCAAGAUCAGCGAGAAAGCCAAAUAUUGUUGUUGAUAAACCAAAAAUAAUAUCAACAAAAAUAUCAUCAUUGAAGAGACCAUCGCCAUUAAGAGAAAGCAGUUCGUCAGCUGAUAAAAAAGCAAGAUUAAUGCUUGAUAAUUCAGUUACACCUCCAAAUGAUGAGAAAAAAGGUGGAAUCAAAUUAAUUAAACCAAAACCUAUGAUUUUGCAAGAGAGUGAUAUGUUCAUGGACGCUUUAACAGCAGCAUCAACAAAGAAUAAAGAACCAAGAAAGCGAAAACGACGAACUUCGAUUUCAAAGGAUGCUGGACCUGAUGUUAAAAAAUUAGAUACUAGUAGUGAAAAUAAUCGUGAUCAUUCACCUCCAUUAAAUUCACCAUCUGUUGCCUCAUCACAAAAAAAUGAAGAUAAAGCAUUAUUGAAGCCAAAUUUCAAGUUUUAUCAAGAUACAUUGGAAAUUGAUGAUGAUGAUGAAACAAAGGCAAAGAAUAAGUCUGAAGUGAAUUCUAAAGCGAGAACAGAAAAUGAAGAAGAAGAAGCGGAAGAGGAAAGAGAUGAAGACGAAGACGAUGACGAUGAAGAGCAUGAUGAUGAUGAGGAACAUAAAAUUAAAAUUUCCAAGGAUCAGGAUAAUGAUGAAGAUGAAGAAGAAAGAAGUACAACACCAACACCAACGGAAGAUAGUUUUAGUGACAAGCCAAUAAUAGAAUCCAAUCAAGAAGUUUCGGAAUCUAAUGAAAUUCGCUAUGUUGAUGGAUUAAGAAGUGUUUUAAUUAUACAAAAACGUAAAGGUCCUAAGAAAAGUCUAAAAUGGAAAGUCGAAUUAGAAUCAGUACGAUAUUUUGAAUUAGACGAAACUGAGAGAGUUAAUGUAACUAAAACAUUCACUGACAUGAAACAAAUUGACAAACAAAAUGAAAGAGAAGCCUUCCAAAUGGCAAGAAAAUUAAGUAAUGAAGAUUUAAUGGAAGAAAAAACGAGGUGGAGAGCUUUGAUUCCAAUCGACGUUCCUCAAGCAUUAGUUGAAGCUGGCAAAGACAGUAGGGAAAAAGAUAUUCAAUAUGCUCGUGAAAAAGGAAUUCUUCAAGCGUUAUAUUUCCAUCGAAACAUGAUUCCUGAUACGCCUGCAGAGCCAGAAGAGGAACGACUCUUGCCAGUGAUAGAGGCGAAAGUAAUUCCUCUCGAUGAUUUAACAGGAACAAAGGCAAAUGAAAAAGAUUUCACAACAAUACCAUGGCCAGAACCAAGGCCCCAACUUCCGAAUCCACCAAUUCCACCUGCGACAAUGACUAAUUUUCCAUAUCAACCGUAUCCUCAGAAUAAUCCCCAUCCAAUGCUACCGUCAAUGGGACCACCUCAACAAACUCCAAUGGGACCAAUAAUGCCACAACCAAUGAUGAAUCCAAUGAAUCAAAUGGGCACAGAAAUGGGAGUCCCAGUACCACCUGGAGGUGGUUGGAGAACAGGUGAUGGUAAAGUUGUUGUUCCCGAUAUGCCGGGAAUAAUGCCAAAUGUACCUGGUAAUUAUCCACAAGGUAUGGAGGGUCCAAUGGUACCACCGCCACCUGGAAUGAUGGGUCCACCAAUGUAUAAUCAACCGGAUGGUUUUAUGUUGGGACCUGAAGAUAUGGGUUAUAAUAAUGUUCCAAAUAAUUUUCAAGGUGGUCCUCCCGUUAUGUUUGGACCGGGACCUAAUUUUCAAGGUGGUCCCAGAGGAAGUGGACCAAUGCACGUUAAUCGUGGAAGAGGUGGACCACCACCACCACCUGGUGCUGGUUGGUUUCGUGGCGGUCCACCAGUUAGAGGUGUUGGAUGGCGUGGAGGAUGGAGAGGAAACACUAAACAGCCACCAGUUUGUAGACAAUUUUCAAAAAGUGGUUACUGCCGUGCCGAAAAUAAGUGUCAAUUUCUUCAUCCUGGCGUUAAUUGUCCUCCAUUUUAAAUAAUUUUUAAAAAAAACCUGUCUCUAACCAUAUGCCUGAUAAAAAAUGAAGUUUCUAUUUUGUUGAUAGUAAAAGUGCUUCAAAUAAUUGAAAUUUACAAAAGAAUUUUGGAAUAGUUGCAGGCCAUUAUUUCAUUUAAUUCCCAAUAUCUAGAAACUUGAAUUGUGAUACUCAUUUUGUUUUCGUAAACAUUUUGAUAAAAGUGUAGUGUUUUUUGGGAAUAAUCGCAACAUAUUUGAAAGUUCAUAGGUUUUUUUUUUUUGAAAAGAGAAAACUUUCCUAAAUGACUAUUGAACAAAAAAUUAUCCAAGCAAUAUUUUUCCAUUUUUUUGUGCUUUUUAUUCUGUCAGAGAAUUUUUAUUGUAUCCAUAGCGCAAAAAAAAAAAAAUUUAAUUGACAGAAAGAAAAAUUAAUUUUUUUCUCACAAAAGGAAAGAAAUUAUUUUACCUUUUGUAAAUGGAUACACAAAAAUAAUGACAAAUUUUUGACUUUUCAUGCCAUAUCUUUGGAAACAAAUGUACAGUAUGUUUGAAUUAUUAUUUUUUUUUUAUUGCGCUGUUGAACAGCUCAUGAUAUUCUCAAAUAUGACGCUAAAAAGACAAAUCGAUAUCCGAAUUGUUUAUAUAUAUUUUUUUUUUAAACAUUUGUCUUAAGAUUAUUUUUUUUUCAUUAUUUUUGAAUACACAGUUUGGACCAAGUUUGUAUCAGUUUAACUACGUCAAAAUGAAAACGAAUAUCAUGAUUCAAAUCUAGAGAUUCUAAAACAUCUUCUAUAACAUUGAAUUGAAUUAUCAUUUAUUAAAAUGAUUGUUGAAGAAUUGCUUUUAAUGGGUUUCAGUCGCAAAAAAAAAAAAUUCUUUUUUUUUCUGUGCUUCAAAUAUUAUUUUUCAUCAAUGUACAUAUGCACACUAAAAGUUCAAGCAUAAAUUAUAUGCAUAAUACUGCGUAAUAAGUAUAUAAGUUUCCAGGUAUUUUUUAAAACUGAUAUUAUUAAAGGUCAAUAUAUUUUGUACAUAUACAGUAAGGAUAUUUAAAAUCAAUAAUGUUUAAUUUACAUAUUAUUGAUUUAAAAAAUUUUUUUUUUACUGUAUAUUAUUAUUGUAUAAUAUUAUGUAAAAAGCGUUCAAGCGAAUUAUUAUUAUGUGUGUUGGUUUGUAAAUAUAGAUAAUAAACAUACUUUUACACACAGAGAGAAAUUUCGAAAACAAAUUCAAAUAUAAAAAAUGUUAUUAAUUUAUAAAAAAGGAGAAAUUUUAUUUCUUCAUGAUAAAUUUGGACGCUUUGUCAACGUGAAUUAUUAAAGUUUCUGUUAAUGUAAAUACAUAAUAAAGUCAAAGUUUUGUCACAAACAAAUUAAAUUCGAGGGACGCUUUAAAAUUAAUAUCUGUAUAGAUAGCUUUAUUUUUAAUCAAGUCAGUAUAUAAUUAAAAAGAAAAUUUAACUUAAAAGUAAAAAAAAAAAAGGUACUCAAUGAAUUUAUAAUCAAAAAUUCGAUUAUUAUUAUUAUUCAUAUUAACAAAACCUAUGUACUUUUUUUUUUCUUUUUUUUUACUAGAAAUAAUGGUUAAGUUUAUUGAAUGCACACGAUUGUUAAAUUUGUAAAUAAUUGAAAAUAUGAUUGUAUGAAAGUCGCGCAGUUUUUCUGAUAAAUACACGAUUCCAAAA